CCACAGUCGGCGUGAAUUUGGCGCCAGAACUUCAAAGAUUUACGUUGCAGCGGAUUGCUGUGCGGAAUCCCACCGUAAGGAAACGAAGGAGAAGAAAAAAAAAGGGAACGACCUUGGUGACCUCCGAAAGAAUGCUGGAAAGAGGCCGACCACGGCAUUCCAAUGAAAAACGAACGAACGCAACAAGAAAAUCUAGAGAGGGGGAGAAAGAAAGAAACAAAAAAUUCAAGGAAGACAAACUUUUCGAAAUAAAAAGAAGAAGAAAAAACGACCGUGUUGGCUGGAACGUCCUUGCUCCAGGCUAUGCAUUCUUGAACUUCUCUCUUUCUGCUGGUUAUUUUUCGUUUCUUUCGACCGAAGCUUCGGGACCACAACAACCACCUCACCAGUCCCGCAUGCCCAACAAUCCACGACCGCCCUUCGCUCAUAAGAGGCAACGGCCAACGUUGGCCAGCAAUCAUUCGUUGGCCGACCAGCGUUCAGUCCACAUCCACUACCGACUCUCUACAAUUCCUCAUUUUUACAAUUUUCACGUUGCCAGUCUCGUGUUACGAUUUGCGUUUUCAUCACCAACUCUCCCAACACACACAAAAAACGGAAAAUGUCUCGCUGGUGUUGCUGCUCUUUGUUUGUCAUCGUCUCCUUGUUACUUGUGAGUCAACCACAACAAACUGAUGGUGCAGCUAUUCCUAUUUGGGAGCUGCUCAAACACGAAGAAAAGAUGGGCCGACUAUUCUACGUUUUCGUUCAUCUCGUCGAACAAUAUUGCAAAACUUCGGAUAUCCCUGAUUGCCCCAAGGUCUUGACGCUUUACGGCAUGUCGAAUUUGGUUAGCGAAAGCGAACAUUCGUUAGAUCUGAUGGAUCCUUACCAACGUGACGCCAAAACAAUCGUGUGGGAGAAGAUUAUGCGCGGUGAAUUCAAAUUGCCAACGAAAUUGACGAGUGGGAAACCGAUGAAGACUCCAUUGAAAUCGUCUGUUGCCAUCAAUAAUGAAGUCUACUCAUCGCCUUACGAGAUCCGCGUCCCUCCGCCUGCCACCUACGUUGCUCCACCAGUUGCUUCAUCAACACCCAGUAAUGAGCACUCGGACGAUACGUCUUCCUCUCAAAUCAUCCUUUCGCAUAACACAGAAAAUCGAGUCUAAAAGAAUCCAUCCGGAAGAAACAAAGAACCAACAUAUGUGUGACCCAUUAUGACGGAAGGACCGGCCUCGCUUUACAAGCUUCGGAUGUCAGUUGUUCUUCUUUCUUGAUCUUCGAUCCAGCCUUCAAAACCUCACUUCAUUUCACAGAAUAUUGUGAAACUUUGGGUUUGGAUGGGUGUGAAAAGCCUUCAAGUGUCGACUGGUGGCUGGAUGACAUAUUUUUACAACUUUGUUCCGGCGCUUCGUGACGUUUCUUCCCUUUGUUUUUUUGGGUUUCAACCGUUGGCUCUUUUCGAUUUGUUCCAGUACCUGAUGUAAAAUGGCUAACUAUUUCCGAGAGGCUGGUUUUUUUGGAGCUAACUAUUAAAAACAAACAACCUUGUACAUUUGAUGUUCAUUUGUGUGGACCAGAAGACCUAUGUAAAUUUUGUAAAUUUAUGUAUAUUGGGGUUCCCUAUGCUCCCAAUUCACAUCCUUAUACGCGUUUGACUUGUG